AUGGCUGUCUCCUCGCUACCCCCUCUCGCAAUGACAAGCCUCUCGGAACUGAUCAACUCUGCUCACCGUCGGAGGUCGACCGUUGCGUCGCCUCUGUCUCUCCCGAUUCCUCCGGAGCCUCCCGACCCACCGGAACCACCGGACCGGAUCCGACAACGCGCAUACUCUCUCCAUCUGCUUAUGUGCUACCGUUGCUGGAGAAUCUUAGCUCUCUUGCCCCCAUCCUACCUUUCGGCUUCACCUCCGGCGCCACCGAGGGCAAGACCUGUUAACUCGUUCCCUCACCCUGCUUCCGACCCAUCUCAGCCUGUGGACUCAAGCUCUGCUCUACGGACUGUAAAAUCUUCUCCACCCUUGCCUCUGCUCCGACCUUCGGCCUCCGCCCCACCCUCUCGCCAGUGCGCCUCUUCGCUGGUGAGACCCAGUCCAAAUUCCCCUGGCUAUCUCUGCUUAGCCGACCCUUGCUUCUCUAUCCCCGUCGUGAGGCGAGGUGAGAUUUAG